UGAAGGGCAGACGUUCAACUUGUCGGUAGGGUUGAAAACAAUGAUGGGGGACUGCUAACCAGCACUGACUAUGUGCAUGUAAAGGAAGGGAGGGGGGGUCUUAUUACGACCACGGCCGUCACACUGGAGCGUCCCGGAGACAAGCAGAGGAACAGCCUGUCCCCUGAACGCUGAGGGUCGGACACCGUGAAGGACAGCAGACAUGAAGUUUGCACAGCUUUUGAGAAAAAGUGGCUCCGUCGCAGGGAUCCCAAGACAAGUGGAGAGGUUUGCUAAGUUCUCCCCCUCUCCCUUGUCCAUGAAGCAAUUCAUUGACUUUGGCUCGGCCAAUGCAUGUGAGAAGACCUCUUUUGUGUUCCUGCGGCAGGAGCUUCCUGUCAGACUGGCCAACAUCAUGAAGGAAAUUGAUUUCCUCCCUGACAAGCUCCUCAGCACUCCAUCCCUAAAGCUCCUCAUCAGCUGGUAUUCCCAGAGUUUGUUGGAGAUUGUGGAUUUCUUAGAAGAGGAUCCAGAUGAUAAGGAUGUCCUGAAAAACUUUACACAGACCCUGGUGAACGUCCGUAAUCGGCACAACAACGUGGUGCCCACCAUGGCUCAGGGUGUGGUGGAGUACAAGGAGGCCUUUGGCGUGGACCCCGUCACCAACCAGAACGUCCAGUACUUCCUGGACCGCUUCUACAUGAGCCGCAUCUCCACACGCAUGCUCAUGAACCAGCACACAUUAAUCUUUGAUGGCAGUGUGAACCCAGCCCACCCCAAACAUAUUGGCAGCAUCGACCCCAGCUGUGACGUUGUGGAGGUAGUAAAAGAUGCUUAUGAGACUUCAAAGAUGCUUUGUGAGCAGUAUUACCUGACCUCUCCUGAUAUGGAGAUCACAGAAGUCAAUUCCAAAAACCCUGACCAGCCCCUCCACAUUGUCUAUGUGCCAUCCCAUCUCUACCAUAUGCUGUUUGAGCUUUUCAAGAACGCCAUGAGAGCUACAGUAGAGACCCACGAGACGAGCCCAACGUUGCCCCCGAUCAAAGUGCGAGUCUCACUGGGAACCGAGGACCUCACAAUAAAGAUGUCUGACAGGGGAGGCGGAGUCCCUCUGAGGAAGAUUGAGCGUCUGUUCAGCUACAUGUACUCCACGGCUCCAAGUCCAGUCCACAUAGACAACGCACGCAAUGCACCACUGGCUGGUUUUGGCUAUGGUCUGCCCAUCUCUCGUCUGUACGCCAAGUACUUCCAGGGAGACUUGCAGCUCUACUCUAUGGAGGGUUACGGCACAUCAGCUGUCAUAUACUUGAAGGCCUUGUCCUCAGAGUCAGUGGAGAGACUUCCUGUUUUCAACAAGUCCGCUUUACGGCAUUACCAGACGAGCAUAGAGGCUGACGACUGGUGCAUGCCCAGCAAGGAGCCAAAGAAACUGGGCAAUUCCGAGAGGAGUUGGAGUGAUGGUGGACGGAAGUGAAGGACACUCGUGUAUAGUUUAAAUUAAAGAAUCAUAGAAUUAAGAAGAAAUGGGUCCACGUUGGAAGAAAUGGACAAACAUGAACUGUAAGUGAGAGAAGGCACCAAAGGCUUUCAGCAUGCUACUGGACCUGGACUUGUGUACGUGAAAUUUGGAUUAAUUUCUCACAGAGAGAAGCCUAGUUGCAGGAAAAUGCUCAUUGUUAAUUUUAAAAAACAGAUAAAUGCACCGAAAUAACUGAACUGAACUACCAGCCUCCAGGCAUUUUAAUGUAAUUAUAUUGUACGAUGAUUACAGGCUGCUAAUGUCAAUGAAACAAGUAUUAAUCUUUUUGCCACACUUUUUAGUCAUAAUAACACAGUAACACUUUGUUAGUAAGCAUGCUGUUUGUGUUUAUGUUCUUUUUUUCUUUCAAAGCAUAUGAUUUUACAGUCGUAAGACUGGCAAAUAGUCUUUGGUUAAUUAAAUUACCGGAUAAAGUUUGUUUUUGUUUUUUUGCAUUGGAUUAAAAGGUUAUCAAUGCCUAGGAAAACCCAGCCAGCUGCAGCGGGGCCAUUGGGUUACACAGAAUGGGAACACAUUCAACAGCUCCAGCAUAAACACAAAGGGAGCAAAGUCUAUUCCUCCACUUUUGUACAUGUAGGCAGUCGUAGUUUCAGUCCUUCAUAACUUACAGCAUAGCUUCACACACAGCAUUUCAGAGACACUAUAAGAAGGAUUUGCACUGGUUAUGUUUGGUGUAAAAUUAAAUCAAUUUCAGAUCAAUUGUUCCAUUUCAGUCUUUAAGCUUCUUUUAUAUGUGAUGUUAACAUGGUUGAUGGAUGUUGAGUUCAACAUAGCAAAAUGAGAAUGUGCCUUUUUGAAGAAUUGUUAUUGCUAAAACAAAGUAUUGCAACUUAUUUGAAGUUAAUAUAAAUGGUUGAACUGUGAAUUAUUAUAUUUUAUCUGUAAAACUGCCAAAUUAACCAUGACCUCAUCAAUAAUAAUUUUCCUCUGUUGAAAAAACUGAAAUACACAAUUUUUAAACUAUUUCCAAGAAAGUUUUCAGUUUUUUCAAAGAGUAACUGUCUGGAUCUGCACAGUUAUUUGAUAACAUCAAGUAUUUUGUAAUGAUGCAUGUGUUGUACAUUUACAUUACUAACUUGGUUAGAAAGUGUAAAGGCCUGUGUGAAAUGUUAAAUGUUGCACUACAGAAAACUCUACUUGAGCUAUUUGGGAUGAUAUACACACACACACACACACACACACACACACACACAGAGUUAAUUGUUGCUGACAAAUACAGUAGGAACGUCACAGACAUGCUCAGACAAUGCUAUAUUCAAGCUGUAUAGAUCUAACAGAUAUUUCCUUAGCUGUAUCUAACAAUUUCACCGAUUUCAUUUUCCCAUAGGAGUAUUACUUUCAAGCAUACAUUGUACUUUGCCAAGUUUGUAGCAUUUAAAAUUUCCUUGAGAUCUUGUUGAUUAAAAUAUGA